GAAGACCUGCUCCUGAUGGAGACCAGCAAUGAACCAGCACAACCACCCCCCACGCUCCUUCAGGACGCGGCACCCAGCGGGGAGCAGCAGCGGCUGGUGCAGGGGGAGCCCUGGCCAAAUAUUAUGGGGGAGAAGAAAAGAAGGAGGCUAGAGGAGCUGCUGGCCGAUGGAAUGGCUGUUGAUGGUGGGUGUGGGGACUCUGGAGACUGGGAAGGUCGCUGGAACCAUGUAAAGAAGUUCCUCGAGCGAUCUGGACCAUUCACACAUCCUGAUUUCGAGCCAGGCACUCAAGCUCUUGAAUUUUUGUUAAGCACAUGUAAAGUACUAGUUAUUGGAGCAGGAGGAUUAGGAUGCGAACUCCUGAAAAACCUGGCACUGUCUGGUUUCAGACAGAUCCAUGUUAUUGACAUGGACACUAUAGAUGUUUCUAAUCUUAACCGACAGUUUUUGUUUCGACCAAAGGAUGUUGGGCGACCAAAAGCAGAAGUGGCAGCAGAAUUCCUGAACAGUCGCAUCCCCAACUGUGCUGUUGUACCAUAUUUUAAAAAGAUUCAAGACAUGGAUGAAAGCUUUUAUCGACAGUUUCAUAUUAUUGUUUGUGGGCUGGACUCUAUAAUUGCAAGAAGAUGGAUAAAUGGCAUGCUGAUGUCAUUUUUACGUUAUGAAGAUGGUGUACUGGAUCCAAGUUCCAUCAUACCUUUAAUAGAUGGAGGGACAGAAGGUUUCAAAGGAAAUGCUCGUGUGAUUAUUCCUGGUAUGACGGCAUGUGUUGAAUGCACACUUGAACUUUAUCCACCACAGGUCAAUUUCCCCAUGUGUACUAUUGCAUCUAUGCCCAGACUACCAGAGCAUUGUAUCGAGUAUGUCAGGAUAUUGCAGUGGCCAAAGGAGCAACCUUUUGGAGAAGGUGUUGCUUUGGAUGGAGAUGACCCUGAACAUAUACAGUGGAUUUACCAGAAGUCUUUAGAAAGAGCAUCACAAUUUAACAUUAAAGGUGUUACAUACAGACUCACCCAAGGAGUUGUUAAACGAAUUAUUCCAGCAGUAGCUUCUACAAAUGCAGUAAUUGCAGCUGUUUGUGCCACUGAAGUUUUUAAAAUAGCCACAAGUGCAUACAUUCCUCUUAACAAUUACUUGGUGUUCAAUGAUGUGGAUGGGUUAUACACGUACACAUUUGAAGCUGAAAGAAAGGAGAACUGUCCGGCCUGCAGCCAGCUUCCCCAAAACAUAGAGAUUUCUCCAUCAGCGAAAUUACAGGAGAUCUUGGAUUACUUGACAAAUAAUGCUUCAUUGCAAAUGAAAUCUCCUGCGAUAACAGCAACCAUGUAUGGGGGGAAUAAAACACUUUAUUUACAGACGGUAGCUUCAAUUGAAGAACGAACAAGGCCAAAUCUUUCCAAAACACUAAAAGAAUUGGGACUUGUGGAUGGCCAGGAACUUGCAGUUGCUGAUGUGACUACACCACAGACUAUGUUGUUCAAACUUCACUUUAUCACUUAAUUUAUGAAUAAGUAAAGUGCUUAUACAGCAAGAGAAAACUGUACCCACCUUGUAAAACAAACGUACUCUGUGGAUGUUAAAUUAACCAGAAAUGUUCAUGUUAGUACUAGCAUUGUUGAAGGUUAAGUAAUGCAAAUGAAUCACCGUAUUUUGGAAUUGUAUGUAGAAGCCAAUAUUUGGUGGAUUAUAUUGUACAAAUACUUACUAGUGUACAGAACACUGAUGUAUAGGAAUACACUUUUUUGCAGUUUUUGUUGUCAAAACAUUAAUAAUACUAUCAGACACAUGGAAAUUUUAGGGUGGCCAAAAGUCUUGUCUUUUUAAAUUUGAAUGUGUAUGCAUAUAUAUAUGCAAUGAGACUUAAAAGGAACCACAGCGAUCUGGAUUUAAAUCAUAGCACUCCUGUAUGCUUGCCGAGUCACCUUAAAAGCAAGAAAGAGCAAUAGAUUAACAUGGGCAGUUUCCUCUUAUUUGAUAUUGAUCUGAUCAAUUGUAUGUAAGUUAUUAAGUAUGGAAGAGCUCACUUUGUUUGCAAGGAAACUCAGAAGGAUGAAAUGAACAACUGUACAGGAAAAUAGUGAUAUGUGCAUUUGCAGUCACCAAACAGCUGCUGCAUACAGUGUUGCAGACUUAUGUUCAAGUAUCAUUGGUGCUGUUAAGGUAUUUAUUAAUAAAAUAAUAAUAAAAAAAGACUCCU